GACCAAGUUCAACAAGUUUGGCCAACAAGUCCUAGAGCCUCCACGGCUAGGCCUGGCCCUGCCGCUCUGCAUGGGCUCUCCCGGCUCGCGUCAAGGGGCGCCGUCCAGGAGGGCUGAGGGCUGAGGCCAGAGGCGCGCACCCCUGGGCGCCGAGCUCUGGUGUGGCGGCUCUGGGCUUGGAGUGCGUCAUCAGGGAGCGGGCACCUCAGCCGGCAGGCAGACUCACAGUGGCAGCUUUGAGAGUUGGACACCCGGGUCCUUGAAGUGAUCUCUAGACCCCAGCCCCAAAUCUACCACCAUUCCGUGCUGCGGGGACACCAUGGCUCCAGAAGAUGACGCCGGAGGGGAGGCCUUGGGGGGCAGUUUCUGGGAGGCUGGCAACUACAGGCGCACGGUGCAGCGGGUGGAGGAUGGGCACCGGCUAUGCGGAGACCUGGUCAGCUGCUUCCAGGAGCGUGCCCGCAUUGAGAAGGCCUAUGCCCAGCAGCUAGCUGAAUGGGCCCGCAAGUGGAGGGGUGCCGUGGAGAAGGGCCCGCAAUAUGGCACCCUGGAGAAGGCCUGGCACGCCUUCUUCACCGCGGCGGAGCGGCUGAGCGCGCUGCACCUGGAGGUCCGGGAGAAGCUGCAGGGGCAGGACAGCGAGCGGGUGCGCGCCUGGCAGCGCGGCGCCUUCCACCGACCCGUGCUGGGUGGAUUCCGCGAGAGCCGGGCGGCCGAGGACGGCUUCCGCAAGGCUCAGAAGCCCUGGCUCAAGAGGCUGAAGGAGGUUGAAGCUUCCAAGAAAAGCUACCACGCAGCCCGGAAGGAUGAGAAGACAGCCCAGACUCGGGAGAGCCACGGCAAGGCGGACAGCGCCGUGUCCCAGGAGCAGCUGCGCAAACUGCAGGAGCGGGUGGAUCGCUGCGCCAAGGAGGCCGAGAAGACAAAAACCCAGUACGAACAGACGCUGGCGGAGCUGAAUCGCUACACCCCGCGCUACAUGGAGGAUAUGGAGCAGGCCUUUGAGGCCUGCCAGGCCGCUGAGCGCCAGCGGCUUCUUUUCUUCAAGGACAUGCUGCUCGCCUUACACCAGCACCUCGACCUCUCCGGCAGUGAGAAGUUCCAUGAACUCCACCAGGACCUGCGGCAAAGCAUUGAGGCAGCCAGUGACGAGGAGGAUCUGCGCUGGUGGCGUGGCACCCACGGGCCGGGCAUGGCCAUGAACUGGCCGCAGUUUGAGGAGUGGUCCUUGGACACACAGAGGACGAUCAGCCGAAAAGAGAAGGGUGGCCGCAGCCCCGAUGAGGUUACUCUGACCAGCAUCGUGCCCACAAGAGAUGGCGCUGUGCCCCCACCCCAGUCCCCGAGGUCCCCAGGCAGUGGGCAGGACGAGGACUGGUCAGAUGAGGAGAGUCCUCGGAAGGCUGCCACUGGGGUACGGGUGCGGGCGCUCUAUGACUAUGCGGGCCAGGAAGCUGAUGAGCUGAGCUUCCGAGCAGGGGAGGAGCUGCUGAAGAUGAGCGAGGAGGAUGAGCAGGGCUGGUGCCAGGGCCAGUUGCGGAGCGGCCGCGUUGGCCUGUACCCUGCCAAUUACGUGGAGUGUGUGGGCGCCUGAGGGCCCUGACGGCUCUUCGCCCGCGUUUCUCCAGCCUGGGCUGGAGCCCAGCUUCUGGACACCGGACCUGAGGGCUCUGAACCACUGUGCCCCGCUGCUCCUCUGGCCCAAGGAGGGACGCGAUCCUGGGGCCCAGGGAGGGGCGGGCCUGAGUGGGAAGGGCCAUCUGAGUCUGGGCUGAGGGCAAGAUGGGAGGUCGGAGGUGACAGACGGGUUCGGGCUGCCUGGGCCUCCCCAGGGGCAGUGGACUCAGUUCCGGACCUGUUUGGGUUCCUGGGGUGGACUGGGGGUGAGCGUAGUUAUUGGGCUGGCAGCACCCUCUUCUGUGGCUUGUUCUAGCGUGUAUUAAACUUGACCCAAAAAAAGCA